CCGGCAUCAAACUCAACCGACUCGCCAGCUGAGAAAGUUGCAAAUCAAAGCAAGAGACAAAAUAAUUAAAUAAAUCAUCAACUUAUAAUUAAUUAAAAUGAUCCGAUCAUUUUUUAAAGUGACGAGCGAAUGGACAGUUCUUCGACGAUAUUUGGUUUCCGCAAAGGAUAUUCCUCAAAUUCCACAAUUGACGUUUUCCCAAGUAAAAGAUGAGCUUGAUAAGAAAAACACAGUGCUUAUCGAUGUCCGAGAAAAGGGUGAAUUAAGUUCAGAUGGAAAAAUUAAGGAAUCAUACAACAUUCCAUUGGGCGAGGUAGAAUCAGCGUUUCACCUGGAUGAGGCGAAUUUCAGAAAAUUGUACGGUUUCGAUAAGCCUCUACCGUCACAGAAGAAUUUGAAUUUGAUCAUUCACUGUAAAGCUGGCGUGCGGGCGAUGAAAGCGGCCGUCGUACUUAAUCUGGCUGGGUAUCAAAAUGUCAGGGUUUAUGACGGAAUUUUGGACUGGUUAUCGAAUGGAGGCGAAGUUGUCAAGAAGUGAUAUUAUCCACAAUUUAAGUAAUAUGGUGCUAGUCAAAUUAUUUACUAAAUUAGUUAAGCAGCACUUAUCUUUAUGCAAAAUUAAUUCUUAUAUAAAUUCAGGUCAAAGUUAAAUAUUUAUUAUUCUCUAUAUUCUCAUUGAAUACAAUCAAGCGUUACUUAUGCAAA